UAAAUCUCGUGAGUUCAAAGAGCACCACGAUUAGACUUUUUAUUCCCUUUGUCCUCCCUUCGAAUGCCGUUCGUCACAUAUAGUUCAACGAAACAGUGAUUUUGUCACGUUCGAAAAACGACAUGGAUUCCUGGCAGGGGCACAAUUCGUCAAGACAAAGGUGGUCGGAAGAGACGUUUGCAUUGCCACCGACACCUCCGACCCCACCUGCCGCCACCAUGGACAUGCAAAACGGCAGAUUCGGCCAGAAUUGCGAAACGACGUGGAAUUAUCGAUGGCCCUGGGACGUAUCGUCAGAAAUCGGUGCAGUUUCCGAAAGCAAUUCGCCCCUCGAAAUAGGUCAGCAGUUGGUAUCCCAGUGCACGAGCAAUUCCAUUGACAGUGCGGACGCGAAUCAGAAUUACCACCUCUGCAGAUGGCAACAGUUACCUCAAUGUGGGCCAUUUCCGGGUAAUCUGCCUCUGGAUUUCAAAGAUGACGCGGAGUCUAUCUCGAAGGACUCGUCGCAGGAUCUUCCCUUGCAGAAAGAACGCGGAAACAACCCGAGUGCCGUUUUUCGGGCUUGGGAAAUCCCUUAUCCACAAAGUACCGGCGUGGAUUCCAAAAUAGAAAUCAAGUUCGAGAGCAGCCAACGAUCUCAGGAUCGUUUCGAGUACCCGAGCUGCGUAAAGAGAGGGAGCUCGAACGAGGGCCGCUCAGAGUCAGAAAUUGAUUUGCCGAAGAGAACGGGAAAUGGGAGUAGCGAGAAACCUCGUAAAGAAAGAACUGCAUUCACGAAGCAGCAGGUUCGCCAUUUAGAAUGCGAAUUCACGCACAGUAAUUACCUCACUCGACUUCGUCGUUACGAAAUAGCUGUCGCAUUGAAUUUAACCGAACGACAGGUAAAGGUAUGGUUCCAAAACAGGCGCAUGAAGUGGAAGAGGACGAAAAGCGUUCUUCUGAAUGCACACGGAAGAGCUCAUUGCAAUAGUUAAGUUCGGAUUAGAACAGAGAACAAUUGUAAAUAAUGACCGUACUUUAAGUAACAUUCAGUAUUUUUAUAAACGUGCUAAUCCUAGGUAAAUCUUAAUAGCACGUUCACUGAUUAAUGUCAAAUGUUGAUUUCAAUAUGUAAAUUAAACAUAUAUAGAAAAAGAUACGAGU